CAAACAGACGCGUUCAAGACGCUCGAGGAAUAUGACUGGUCAGACUCGUAGAGAGCAGGCUCUAAGACAAAGGCUGGUCCAGGUUUCGGACCUCCAUAAAGCUCUGGAGCUGCAUCCAGCCAAAAACAGCUGUGACGAUGCUUUGCGAUACGUGUAUGUGCGAUUGAAGGAAGGAUGCUCUUUCUAUCACUCCCCUUAUUGAUUCUGACGUUGAUUGCUCAGGCCAAAGUGCCAGUGUACGGACCUUGCGUCCUCUCCCACAACCACCUGAAGCCCAGUACGAAGGAAUUCGUUUCGGAUUGUGAUGCUUUCGGCUAUUGCGCUUCGAAUGGUACUUGUCUGCCUCGACAAUGUCGAAAAGACCUAUACGUCCUAGCUUCGAUUCGCAACUCAACUUUUGGCAUACCCCCCAUGUGUCAGCCUGGAUCCUACUGCCCUGAUGACGCCUCUGGCUGUCUGCCACUUGUGACCCUGGGAGGUGCAUGUGAACUCAACCGUGAUGAUGAAUGUGAUCAGACCCUCCCUCCGCCACAUGGGGCAGAUAAAGGUGGAGAACAGGGAAGGGUAAUAUGUCUUCUUGGGAGUUGUACUCCCGCCAUCGCCCACAUCGGCCAAUCCUGCAUGAUUGAAAACACCACCUACGCAGGAUACGACUCUUCAGGCACUGGAUUCAAUUUGCAGAUUGUCCGAGAUGAUUGCAUACCGCAACAAGGGUUUUGUAAUGCCACUUCUGCCACUUGUCAGGACCUAAAGGUGUCUGAGGAGCCGUGCGAAGAGGAUAGGGAAUGUACAUCGGCAAAUUGCGUUCAAGGCGUAUGCGGUCAACCUGUCAAUGAAGAGACACGGAUCCAAAGUUGGAUAUACGUCCUUGUGGCAUUCGGCAUGGCGGGUGCGAUGGCAGGAGUUCUAGCAGGGCUGAUCUGGCUACACAAGAAGAACGAAGAGGCGAAUCAGUCGCGCAUGGAGGAAUAUUACCGUCAACAAGCAAUUUACCAACUUUAUCGGGCGUCGUCGGUAAACUCACAAGGAUCGAUAUGGAAGAAGUGAAGAGCUGCACGCCAUAUUUAGCCUGCUCGCAAUCCAUCUAUCUGCCCUUGUACCGCCAAAACCCCAUCAUGAAGCCCUCCUGCCCUUUCCAACGGAAAGCUCCGAACAUUGCACGCUCCGCCAAGUCAUCCUACCGUGCAGAUCUGCCUGGC